AUGUCUAUUACCAUGAUAAACUCGAACAACAACAAUAGCACCACUCCUUCUAAAAUUCCCAUGCAAAACGGAAUCCCCACAUUUAAGCUUGUCCUCGUAGGAGAUGGUGGUGUUGGUAAAACAACCUUUGUGAAACGUCACCUUACUGGAGAAUUCGAAAAGAAAUAUAUUGCCACGGUCGGUGCUGAAGUUCAUCCAUUGAAAUUCUUCACGAAUCAUGGUCCUAUAUGUUUUGAAACUUGGGAUACUUCUGGACAGGAAAAAUUUGGAGGUCUUCGAGAUGGUUACUAUGUUGCAAGUCAUUGUGCCUUAAUUAUGUUUGAUGUGACCUCUCGUGCCACUUAUAAAAAUGUUCCAACUUGGCAUCGAGAUGUCAUGAGAGUGUGUGACAAUAUUCCAGUGGUACUUUGUGGCAAUAAGGUCGAUGUCAAGGAUCGAGUGGUAAAACCAAAACAUAUUUCGUUUCAUAGAGCUAAGAAUUUGCAAUAUUAUGACAUAUCUGCAAAAAGUAAUUAUAAUUUCGAAAAGCCAUUUCUCUAUUUGUUGAAAAAGCUGAUGAAUGAUCCUAAUUUGACAUUCAUUGAGUGUGUUCCAUUGGCUCCUCCUCCAGUGAUAAUUAGUCCUGAAGAAAUGACAAGACUCCAGAAAGAGAUCGAAGAUGCUGCAAAUGCUAUCAUUCCUUUAGAUGAUGAGGACGAAUUUUAA